GGCCAGGCCGGAUUCUCCGCUGUCCCAGGUCCUGGAGCACUCCCUCCAGGCAGGUCUCGCUCCCGCGUACAGGCCCCUCCCUGGCUGGCCCGGUCCCAGCAAGCGCAAGGCAGGACGCCCCAGGCUGGGCGGUCGCGGUCGGGCCUCGCCCCAGACGCUGCGCUCCGGGCCAGGCUUCUGCUGGGAGCCCCGGCGGACUCAGCUCCUUACUGCCUCCUGGGCUACGUCCUCGGAGACUCCGAGAGCGAGGGCUCUGUGCUCACUCCUACCUGGGUGGCUUCUGUUGGCGCUCCUGCGGGAACAUGGUGCAGAAGUACCAGUCUCCUGUCCGCAUCUACAAGUACCCAUUUGAGCUGGUCAUGGCGGCCUAUGAGAAGCGCUUCCCCACCUGCCCGCAGAUCCCCGUCUUCCUGGGCAGCGAGGUCCUGCGCGAGUCCCGCAGCCCCGAUGGGGCGAUCCACGUGGUGGAGCGGAGCUGCCGGCUGCGCGUGGAGGCCCCACGGCUGCUGCGGAAGAUUGCCGGCGUUGAGCACGUGGUCUUCGUGCAGAGAAACGUGUUGAACUGGAGGGAGAGGACGCUCCUCAUCGAAGCCCACAACGAGACCUUCGCCAGCCGCGUCGUGGUCAAUGAGAACUGCAGCUACACAGUCCACCCUGAGAAUGAAGAGUGGACUUGCUUUGAGCAGUCGGCCUCGCUUGACAUCCGGUCCUUCUUUGGCUUCGAAAGUGCCCUGGAGAAGAUCGCCAUGAAGCAGUACACAGCCAACGUCAAGAGGGGGAAGGAGGUGAUUGAGCAUUACCUGAACGAGCUCAUCUCGCAGGGCACCUCUCACAUUCCCCGCUGGACGCCUGCCCCCGUCCGAGAGGAGGACGCCCGCUUUCAGGCUGGCCCAAGGGAUGCUGGCUCCCUGCAGGCUGACAGGCCCGGCAGCACCCCAGGCCCUGCUCCUGAGACGGUUCUUACCGAGGGGGACAAGCUGGAUGCAGACUACAUUCAAAGGUACCUGGGCCAUCUCACACCCGUGCAGGAGAGCUGCCUGAUCCGGCUUCGGCACUGGCUGCAGGAGACCCACAAAGGCAAGAUUCCCAAAGAUGAGCAUAUCCUCCGGUUCCUGCGGGCCCGUGACUUCCACCUGGACAAGGCCCGGGAGAUGCUAUGCCAGUCCUUGAGCUGGAGAAAGCAGCACCAGGUGGAUCUCCUCCUCCAGACCUGGCAACCGCCUGCCCUCCUGGAGGAAUUCUAUGCAGGGGGCUGGCACUACCAGGACAUAGAUGGCCGCCCCCUCUACAUCCUGCGCCUGGGCCACAUGGACACCAAAGGCUUGAUGAAGGCCGUGGGGGAGGAGACCCUGCUGAAACACGUUCUUUCUGUCAACGAGGAGGGACAGAAGAGAUGUGAAGGGAACACAAAGCAGUUUGGCCGUCCCAUCAGCUCCUGGACCUGCCUGGUGGACCUGGAGGGUCUCAACAUGCGUCACCUGUGGCGGCCGGGGGUCAAGGCCCUGCUGCGGAUGAUUGAGGUGGUGGAGGACAAUUACCCCGAGACCCUGGGCCGGCUGCUCAUCGUGCGAGCCCCUCGUGUCUUCCCGGUGCUCUGGACGCUGAUCAGCCCCUUCAUCAAUGAGAAUACCAGGCAGAAGUUUCUCAUCUACAGCGGCAGCAAUUACCAGGGCCCUGGAGGCCUCGUGGACUACCUGGAUAAAGAAGUGAUCCCCGACUUCCUCGGGGGAGAGUGUGUGUGCAAUGUCCCUGAAGGAGGGCUGGUCCCCAAGUCCCUCUAUCUGAUGGAGGAGGAGCAGGAGCACACGGACCAGCUGCGGCAGUGGAGAGAGACCUAUCAGUCGGCCAGCGUGCUCCGAGGGGCCCCCCAUGAGGUUGCGGUGGAGAUUCUGGAGGGGGAAUCAGUCAUCACCUGGGACUUUGACAUCCUGAGAGGGGACGUGGUCUUCAGCCUGUACCACAGCAAGCAGAUGCCCCAGUCUGGCCGCCAGGAGCCGGGGGCCAGGGCCGGUGGGCAGCUGGUGGACAAAGGCUGGGUCCUAGGUGUGGAUUACAGCCGUGUCGAAGCCCCUCUUGUCUGCCGGGAAGGAGAGAGCAUCCAGGGCUCCCAUGUGACCCGGUGGCCUGGCAUCUAUUUGCUCCAGUGGCAAAUGCACAGCCCCCCUGGGAAUGCGGCUUGCAGCCUCCCGGGGGUGGAGGACGUCCUGACGGCCCUGCACAGCCCCGGCCCCAAGUGCAAACUCCUCUACUACUACGAGGUGCUGGCGUCUGAGGACUUCAGGGGCUCCAUGUCCAGCCUGGAAUCCUGCACCAGCGGUUUCUCCCAGCUCAGCGCCACCACUUCCUCCUCGUCUGGCCAGUCCCACAGCAGCCCCCUGGUCUCCAGAUAGUUGGGACUUAGCCCUGUGGGGCAGCCUGCUUGCCUCCCAGGUCUGCAAGUGUCCAUGGGGUCUGGGACCAUGUGGGCUGCAGCCCUGGGUCUGGACACUGACUAAGUUGGGGCAUCUGGAGCCAGUGGCAAUGAUCCAGCUCACACAUUCUCAAGGAUGCAAGGACGGAAUGAUCUUCUUUGGGCUUCACGUAAGGAAAAGCCCCCCUUUGGGCCACCUUUGGGUCUGCCUGGUCCGGGAGCUCAGGGAUAUCAUCGGGCUCAGCAUCCCCUCUCCAUUCCUGGCUCUGCUUUCCUGGGAGCAGCUUCCUUCUCAGGUGCCCUCCCCAUGCAGGGGACCCCACCACCACUAGGGUCCCUCCCUCCCCUCAGCUCAGCUGCAGAUGAGAACCUCUGUGUCCCAAAGUUCCAUCCAAGCUCCCAGAAUGGAGUCUAAUCAGCCUGCCUGGGUCCCACACUGGUCUCUGAACCAAUCACAGUUGCCAGGGGACCAGAGAACACUGAUUGGCCAACAGGGUCCUGUGUCCAAUCUGGGCCAGUUACCAUACCGAGAUGGGGUUUCAGUGCUUGGUCUACCUGGACCAAUGCCUAUUCCUGACGCCAGCCACCUGGUUUGAAAAGCAUAAAGAAGUUGCCCCUAGGAAUACUGGGGUGCCACACAGGAGGAAGAGGGAAAGAAUGCUGGGUUGGCAGAAAUGACUUUCACAACUGACUCCAAAGCAAUGCCCUGUGUCCCAAGACAUGUGUGCUGAGCAGAUAUAUGAGUUACAGGGUCACUUUCUGUGGGGAGCAACCCACCCGGGCCUGAAACCCAUCUUUCCAGCACUUGGCUAGGAAGGCAGCCUGACCACCACUGACUUGAGGAGGAUGAGGAGGCCCAGGCAGGGAUGAAGUAUCUCUGGCUGUCUUUAAACUCCUCUGGAGGUCCUUUUCUUUCCUUGGAGCAAUUUAAUUAUGACUUUUUUGGUUGUGAGUCACAGAGACCCACUCAAAAGGGUAACCAGUCAUGAUCACAUUCUACUGGCCAGUCCAGGAGUCCUUGCUUCAGGUAAGGCUGGAUCCAGGAUCUCAACAUGGCACCAGGACUCCCCCGUGGGGAGGAGGAGGUUGUGACUUUGUUAUGUCCACCCCAGGGCAAACCUGACCCCUGCAACCAGCUUCAAUAUUGACAGACUUUCCCUGAGUUCUCGCAUGGAAAACUUUUGGGUCUCCUUGGGGCUGAGGACACGUCUCCUUUCCUUUCCUGGGCUUCCAAAAGGGCAACAAGUCAGAGGUUACUAACUGGCAGCCUGCAGACUGAUCUGACUUUUGUUUAGCCUAUAGAGGGAUUUAAAACUUGGGGGCAUUUCAUACAGAAAUCCAACUGUCCAGCUUCCCUUAGGCAUUUGGGACUGUUGGCAAAACGGGGCCACUCUUACCAUGUAAAGGCAAUACAACUGUGCUCCUUGAUGGGGCUACCCCGGUCCCUAACCUACCCCUCACUGUGACUGUCAUAUUAUCUGCCUGGGAGGGACCUCACAAAUAUGGCUCUAUCGACAGCUGGGGGGCCAAUCUGGGCCCAGAUGGCUUAAUGGUACUCUUCCCUUGUAGCCUUCCUUACAGCUGGGGGUCAUCUCUGGUCAACACCCAGAGUCACUGGGCCUUGCCCAAGGGGUAGGCUUGCAACCAUGGGCUUGAUGCUUCCAUGCGGUCUUAGCAUGAUGGAACAAGGAGAGCAAGGACUUCCUUGCCUACCAGCCUCACCCCCAGCCUGGAGCAGAGAGAAGGAGCUACCUUCUCGGAGACAUCCUUCUCCCUCCAGGGAGGGAGUCUCAUCCAUCUCUGUUUGCUCCUCAGGUAUAGCAACAAAAUCCAAAACUGCAUCCUGCAUCAAGGUGUGUGUGCAAAUGAGGGAGAGUGGUAGGGGGAGAUGGGGGACGUUCUCAAAGCUAGUUGCUCCCAUGUCACCAGGCAUUAAUCACUGAGGAAUCUGAGAUAUUUGCACCAGUCUUUAGAUGAGUUUCUCGCCUGCCUCUAAAACCCAUUUGUGCCCUAGAAGCAUUCUGGGCUAAGCUGCCCUAGCAUUCCCCAUACAUUAAUUGUCUAGGACUAGCACCAGGGAAGGAUGGAGAAGCCUUUCCUUGACUUGAGAUUAUACUUGGCUUGAGAACUGGAACCUGGAUCUGCUGUGACCUCUCCAGCCUGGAAAAAAGGGAUGAGCCUCAGGCCCUCUCAGUUCUCCGGAGAGCUCAAUCUUUCUCCCAUGAGAAGGCUCCAGCUCAAACUGGCUUAAGCAAACAAAGGGAAUUCCCUGGGUCCUGUAACUGGGAUGGCUAAGGGCGUUCUUGUUUCAGGUCUGGCUGGAUCCAGGAGCAUAGUAUCCUCAGGCUCAUAUGCUCAUCCUCUCAACCUUACCCAGGCCUCCUAGCUCUGUAUCUCUUUUCAGGCUGGUCUCAUUCUCUCCUCUGCCUAGUGGGAAAGUGGCUGUCAGCAGCCCCAAGUCUAUAACCACAGGGUUCACAAUCUCUAAGGCUGAGAGAAUUCUCUAUCUCAAAUCCCAAAGAAACCUCUGCCUGGCCCUGUUUGAGUAAAGUGCUCACUCCUACAGAUGUACUGGCCAAGGGGCUGCGGGUCUUGUGAUUGCCAUUUCCUUCAGAAGCAGCAGUGGGAUAGGAGAGAGCAGAUCACCCCAGGACAAGGGAAGCUGGGCCACAGAAGCAGCAGACAGCCAUGAUGGCAUCUGCUGUAGUCCCCCUCCCUCGUUGGAGGUCUCUGGGGCCCAAGCUGGAGCUUCAUCAAUCAGUAGGUCUUUCCUACCUUUGGGAGGUGUGAAAUUAAAAAUCCAAGGGCUGCCAAGUUCCUGGCUUCUGUAGUUCCCUAAACCUCAGGGUUGGAAUUUCCUUGGCUUGGUUUCUUUCUCCCUCUUGGUCAUUAACCUGUUGUGACCAGGACAGAAACAACCCACGAGCAAAAGGAUCCUGCCCACGCACUGUGUUUAGGAGCUUGGGUCCUAAAAUUUAGACAGGGCGGGGUUCAAACCCCAGCCUUCUUUUCACUAGCUGUGUAACCUCCAGCAGGUGACUUAACGCCCCUGUGCCUCAGUUUCCUCAUCUGUAAAAUGGGGAUGUGCCUACCUCAUUCACUGGGUUGUCGUGGGACAAGUGAGAGGAGCUGUAGAGUCCACAAGCCCAGCGCCCAGCACACAGAAAGCACACGAUAAAUGUCAGAGGUUAGCCUGAUGAUUUACGGCUUCUCAACCAAACACUCCAGACUCCUUCCGGAGGAGGCCCGCCUGUCACUGUUUCUCCUGGGACAGAAGGCUCGGCACCACGAGCAUCUGGAGGAAAGUGGGUGUCGGGAUAUAAUUUCCCUCUUCCUCUCCCGUUUAGCAACUGCUUGUGUUUUCUGAGCAAAUCCACUAAAUCUGGAAGAGCAUCAUUUGGAGUCCCCGACUGGCUAGAGAAUGUUCUCUACAGGUUGAAAUACGGGGCUUCUGAGAACUCCCCCCGCCCCACCCCACACUUUGGAAUUGCUCCUCCUGUAAAAUGAAUUGUUUGAUGAGAAUACUAUAAUUCUGUUCCAAACACUCUAUUUCAGUCAAUAAAACACGAUGUUCCUCGUUUGCCUGA